AAUUAUUAUCCUACUCGUUUUACCACAUGUCGAAAGGCAUAUUUAUUACUCUUUUUCAAGCUAAAAGCUCAAGUGGAGCAAUCUAUGGGCUUCAUGCAGUUUACCAACACGACAAUGGCCGAAUUGUCCGUGUAAAAUAUUUUUUAUUGGCUCAUACAUCUAAACCUGCCAUGUCUUUGGUUUUAAAAAUGGCGUAUACAAGCUUUUUGUUUGCCGGUUUACGCUUCUAAAUAAUUAGUUUUCAAGACCCUGCGCGUAUUUGAACGACACGUUAACGUUGUGAAUAUGAGAAUAAAGUACAUGUGUAGGUACAUUUAUCUGCACCAUGGAUCCGUGAACAUAUUUUUUUAGCGUUAUGGUGAAUUAGAAUGGUGCCUGUGGUUUGUCAAGCUCGCACGUCGACAGGUUACCCGUUUGUAACGUAAAUAUCACCUAGCGGGCGUUUUAUAUUUCAGAUAUGACAGCGUCGCAAAACAGUAGAUAAUGGAGAGUUCAGAAGACGAUGCGGGUGCCGCGGCGUACGCUUCCCGCCGUGCAUCGGCGCGGGAAAAGGACAUUGGACAGAUUGAGGACGUCAAUGCAACUAGUAGUUUUCAACAGGAUUCUUCGAAUCCCAGAACAUCUUGUGAAACCCCCGCAAUGUCGGAGGAAAACUUUGACGGCGACAGCGUCCCAUCUCCGUCAACACAAGAUGUCAACACAAGCACGGAAGCGAUCUUGGAUAUGAUUGACGAGAUCGUUGACGGCCCAGGAGCCCCAAAACGUCUACCCUUAGCCUCUGAAAAGGAUACUGACCAUCGAUUUGCUGGUGGCGGUGAACCUAAUAUCGUUGUUGACGAAAGUAAAGAAGACGAAAAAUCGCUUCAGUCAUUCAACACACUCUCUACCACAAGUGCCAAAAUAGAAGAUGUGCAAAAUUGCGAGUUAAGUGUAGCCAGUGAACAGAUAUCACAAAACGAUGUUUUGGUAGAUGUGAAAGCGGUGUGUAAUAAAGUACCCGAAACAUGUUCAUCUGUACUUGAAAUAAAUGACUUGACAGUAUCAAAAGAUACUAAAAGCGAUUUAGCAUCAAGUUGUGAGGAACCAAAUAGUAGUUCUGUUCAAAAUAUUCCUUUUAAUAGUGUUACACACGCAGUUCAAAAUCAAACUGAUACAGACACACAUAGUGCACCAUGUGAAAGAACAGUGAAAAGUGUGACAUCUAGUGAUAUCCGGGACAAUGUUAUUGUAGAAAGUGCAGAAUCAACUUCUAGUGAUAAUAGUAUUAGUGAAGGGAAGUCUCCCUUAGUGGAGUCAGCAACAAGAUCACCUUUGCGGCGUCGACUUGUGCGCCCAAUAACAAUUCGGCCAGAUUCAACUGUCUCAUCGACAGUAGAUUCCACUCUUUGUAUUGAUACUACAGAACAGGCAAGUGAAUGUGUUGUAAAAGAUGUUUCAAGUUCAUCAGAUGCUGUGUCAUCAGCCUGUGGGAAUGUUAAACAAGAAACAAUUAGAAAUGAAAGUGACAGUAAUCUCUGUAAACCAGAAACAUCAUCAUCACCUGCUAAGAAAAUUAAACUUAUAAGACCUAAAAUAAUCCCACAAACUGUUAAAAUCCAAGAAGAAACUAGGGAUGAGAUUCUGUUUGUACAGAGGGAUACAGAACAAUGUCAACCAACAUCUUCAGAAGUAACAGCUGUUUCUGCAGAGCUGCAAUCAGAAUCAUUAGAAUCUACAAAUAUAUCUAAGACAGAUUCUGAAAUAAACUUCUCAGAAAAUACUCCAACAGGAGUAAAAGAUAAAGCAACAGCUUUAUCUUCAAAAAUUACUGAAUCUGAUGUGCAAACUCUACAGACAUUACCAAAAAAAGAAGAAUCACAGACCGCUACAACCAGUUCUGAUAUUAUUUUACCCGAGGAAGAGAAUGUGCAGAAGCUUCCACCUUUAGUUAUUAAUCUUAAUGCUUCAAAUAUUAAUGAAUCUGUUCAAAAAACUCAGGAGAAUGAAACUAACUGUGAUGAUAAUUCAGAAAAUUCUGAAAAACAAGUACCUAAAUUGAUGAUCAAAUUAGGUAAGCAUUCUGAGGAGAUUAAGCCACCAGUACCAAAAUUGACAAUUAAACCAAUUAGACCACCAUCAGAGAUAGAUUGUAGUACUUCUGAGAAAUUAAAUGAUGAUGCUUUACAUAUACCUAAAUUAAAUAUAAAACCUGUUACAAAAAAACCAGAAAAAAUAUAUGAAAUUCAUAGGAAAUCAAGUAGUAGUGAAAUUUCAGAAUCAGAAUAUUCAGAAAAUGAUGAAAGCGCCAGUACUUCUGAUCAAGCAUCAACGUCAGAUCAGGGAUCAACAGAUGUUAUCCCAAAGGUAACAAUUAAGCUUGGGAAACCCGGUACAGAAUCUGAGGGGCAGUUUUACACAGAACGAAAUAUUCCUAAAAUCAGUGUGAAAACAAUGCAAAAUAAUGACUAUGAACAUGAGCAAAUGUCUCCUACAAAAAUGAAGAUAUUUCUUAGCCAAAAUCAAGAUAAACAAAGUGAAAAGAUUCCUAAGUUAACAAUAAAAACUGUUGUAAAAUGUGAAAAUCAACCUUUAAGCCCGAAACUCACUAUAAAGCCUUUAAAACCUCCUGAUGAUGCUAGCAAAGAAAAUCCUAUCGAACAAUGUCAAGGUCAUGAAGUAUCUAAACUUAAAAAAUCAUCAGAAACAAACAUAACAAGUUCAGAUAGUAAGGAUUUAGCUCAUGUACCGAAAAUAACCAUUAAGCCAGUCACAAAGUCUGAAAUUGAAACUGUUGGUAAGAGUAAAAAGCCAAAUGAAAAUUUUGAGCUAAUUCCCGUUGUGACAAAAUUAAAUAUUAAGCCGGUAAUUAAGCCUUCAGAUAGCAUUGAAUCUUCAGAGACCUUGGACAAAGAUAAAGUUCCUGUAGUUUCAAAAUUAAAUAUUAAACCCAUUGUAAAGCCUAAGGAUAGUGAUUUAGAUUCUAGUAAAGAAGUACCUAAGAUUAUGAAAUUGAAUAUUAAACUCUUAAAAAAUGCUGAUACAAAUUCUUCAGAAGAAAAAGACUGUGAUGAUAAAGCUGAUUUAGAUGAAAAUAGUAUACCUGUUAUAACUAAACUUAAUAUUAAGCCUAUUGUUAAGCCUCUAGAUGAAGAUAAAUUAAAAGAUAAUGACAAUCAAUCCUCUGAAACAGGAAACUCUAGUGAUGAAAACACUGAUCACAUACCUAUUGUUACUAAAAUUAAUAUUAAACCAAUUUGUAAACCGAAUGAUAUGGAGGAAUCUGGACCAAGUUUAAAGAAAGAAGAUAAUAUCCCAGUUGUAACAAAAUUAAAUAUUAAACCAUUAAUUAAACCAGAUGAUACAUUAUCUCCUUUAUCUCCAAAGAAGGAACUUUUAAAAAGUGCCCCAUGUUCUCCGAAAAGGUCACCAACUAUAACUAAACUGAACAUAAAACCUAUUGUAAAACCAGACGAACCGAAACAAUGUGUUGAUACUGAAAAUGAUGAAACAAUAAGCAAAAAUCCACCAAUACUUAUGAAAAUAAAUAGGAAAACAGGGGAUACAUACAUAAAUGAUGACCAAUACAGUGUUGGUGAAGUUGAAGAUCACAAAAUAAGCAACAGUAUUCAUGACAAUUGUUCUGUUAUAUCAAAAGUGAACAUUAAACCUAUAAAUAAAUCCUCUGAUGAUAUUUACACAAAAGUAACGGAUUGCAAUGAAGGCAGGUCAAGUGGAAAUGAUAGAAAUGCAAUGGGUUCAAAUGAAAUCAAGUUGAAUCAAACUUUACAAAGAGGCGAUUUAAGUCAAAAUUGUAUUACGCAAUUUUCGACAAAUGAGCGAAAAUUAGCACCUAAAGAGGAUUCAUCAGUAUCAGCUAUAAAAGAAAUGAUAGCAGAUUCAUUAAAGAAGCAAAAUCUGCAAGAAAUGAACAUGAAUUCGUCCUUUGCACAUUCAUCCUUAGAGCCCAAAGAGGCUCCAGUAAAGAAAACAGAUAGAGAUGUAUACAACAUAAGUAUGACUGAUUCAAAAGUCGAUGCUUAUUCUGAACUUUUAGUUAAAAUACCUAGUGACAUGACCAAAAAUAUGCCGAGACAAAAUUGUACACUUUUGAAAAAAUUAUUAGAAACACGUAAGGAUAAGUUAUUGGAUGACGAUAGUACCAAGAAACAAAUGAAUAAAAAUUCGCCUACUAUAUCACAUGAUAUGCAAAAAUCACCUUCAAAGCAUGUAAAUAUUACAAACGAUUUUCAUAAAGAAAAAGUAUAUUCGGAAAUUAAAUGUAAUAUAUCUGAGAGGAUUUCAGAUGAAUUUAGUAAAGCUAAUGAUGUAGGUUGCAGUAUACCUCCACUGAGAGUUCGAUUAAUGCAAGAAUUGUGUAUAGAAACUAAUGAAAAUUUAUCAAAAUCAUUACAAAUAGAUAUUUCCGAUAAAGUAACAAGUCACAGUCCCGAUCAAGAUUCUCCUAGGAUAAUAUUAAAAAUAAAUAAAACUGAUCAAGGAACAUCUGCUGAAAUCAUAACUGAAGAUAUAAAAAAAUCGGAACAACAACAAUGUUCACCUGAUAAUACUCAAAUAUUGACAAACGAUCUGUAUCAAAAGAAGAAACUAGCAAACUGUAGGAGAAAACCUCAUAUAGACACGCCCAUGCCAAUGGGUAAGAGAUUGAGAAGUUCGAGAGUCCUCCAGACGUCAGAAAAGACUUCUACACCUAAAAAAAGUAUGGGCAAAAGGCCUUCUGCAAUUGAGAUAAGCCCUCCCCAGAUUAAAGAACAAGAAAUUUCGGUAUUAGAUUCAAAGAGAUUAAAACUUGGGCAGCUUCUAUCUAAUAAGUCAUUAACAAUUACACCAAUAGUUUCAAAAGCGUGUUCAGUGUCACCAACUAAGACAUCUGAAAGCAAACAAGUUGCAAAAAAUCAUUCCUUACUGAAUAACGAAAACUGUGCUAAAAAUGGUAGUUCUAAGCUGCACAACAUUUUAUCAAACUUGCAAGCAAAGCAAUUACAAGGAAUGCCUUUUAGUGAUAUAAAUCAUGCUGAGAACAAUCAAAAUUCCAGUCCAGAUUUGAAAUCCAGUACGUCCACAGGCAGCCUUGAGUUGAUAUCUGAUAAUUCAGCAAUGGAAAAAUCUAGACCCGAGGUUCAUGAAAUGCUUUUCCACGACAAUUCAGAAUCUCACGAUUUCAGUGUUGGGCCAGAGGAAGUUGCGCGUGAUCCAUUAGAAAUGGACUCUUUGAAAAUAACUUCUGACAUAUUUUUACAUGAAAACAUUCCCAAAACAGUAGAAAUGACGCCUCAGCCUAAAAAACGUGGCCGUCCCCGUAAAAUUCCAGUGUCGGAAGGUACUCGGGUAGUAACUCUGCCAGCUACAGCCUUGGAGGAGCGACCUCAACGAUCGCUCCGGUUAUCCAGGGAUCGUCCAGUGAUUAUUGUUAAACCAAGGGGCAGGGGUCGCGGGCGUGGACGUAGACUCGACACCGACUCGGACCAAACAAGCACCGAACCCGCGGUGGAAGCAGCCAACAAAUAUUUCAUCGAACAGAAAGCAGAAGAUAUAGAUCCUACCAGUUCUCGUAUUAAGCUGCCUCGGAUGACGGAAGCCCUGGAUAAGAUGCCAUGUUCUACACCGCUUUCAAGUCGAAGGCGGACUUCAUCUUCUGAAUCGUUCACGGGCUUGGAUACGACGCUACCAAAAAUGGAAGACCCGUUUUUGAAGUCGCCUGAGUUAGUGGAAAUGAGAGGACGUGGUUCUAGAGGAGGGCGAGGCAGUAGAGGAGGCCGGGGAAGAGUGGCGCGGUCCCCGAGAGGCAGAGGUCGUGGUCGCGGAGGAGGCAGGGGAGCCAUGUACAUGAAGGAAACUAUGGGAAUAUAUGGCAGAGUGUGUGGCCCAGCCACAACAACAGUUCAGUUGUUUGAAGAGGAAACUUGCAUGAUGGAUGACAAUGCAACCCCAGCCAAGCCCUCGCAUUUAUUGGACGAAGAUUCUCAGAGUUCAGUUAAGAGUUUGACAAAUGACAGUAGCAGAAUGAGAAAAUCCAAAUUUGCAGAUCUGUUUGACAGUAACAAAGUGUGGACGGCUGCUGAUGUAAAGGAAUACAUGUGGCCACCUCCUGAGACAACAGAUGGCGAACAUCAGGUGAUGAUGAUCCAAGAACAAGUAGCAAUGUUCUUGGGGGUAAAAAGCUUUAAAAGGAGAUAUCCUGAACUGAAAAGACGAACAAUUGUUGGAGAGGAAAGAGAUUAUGUACUCAGCAAAGGCUUGGUCACAGAAGCCCUUUGUGACCUCGGUAUAACUGCGGUGGAUGCCAGUGAAGUUCUCGACAUAAUGCUGUCUGACUAUCCUCAUAAGUAUGAGGAGUUCCGGAGUCAUCAGAGAGAGAAACAGUUGGCUGAACCACCGGAUGAUGUGGACGAUAAGACUGAACUUAAGGAGAAGGUUGAGAUCAGAGAAACCAAACUCGACAGCAAACCUGAACCGCCUAAGAUUGACCCGGAGAAGACCAGACAGGACAUGGCGGCGGCGGCUAUUGCUUCUGCUAGCGAAUUCAACGCCCGUAUGAACGCUCUGCGGCGGCCGGCGUGUGCGGACUUGCAGUCGCUUAGCGUGUGUCGCCGUCGACCCGCGCCCCCGCCGCCCGUACUGCGAGUCGCGCCGCCGGGUGGAUUCUACCCCCACGCCUUACUCCCGGGACAAUAUCAGCAUACUUACAGGGUCUACACGCCCGAGGAGCUGAGAUAUUUCCCCCUGAACACGGCCCUGGCCGCGCCGCCGGCCCCCUGUAGCGACUCCAGCUCGGACUCGGAGGCCGAUUGGGCCGAUCGUUGUUCAUCCUCGGAACAAUCGGACGUAGCGCCCGCCAGCGCUAAGCGGAAAAAGCUUACAAAAACGAAACGCGUGAGUCAAACGGAGACAGUCGUCCCCAAAGAAGAGGAAGUGGACACGUGUCGAGCUUGUAAGAUGAGAAUCGAAGCCAACCGCAAGUACACCCACGAGCGAUUCCUUGUCUGCUCCAACUGUAACGCCAAACUUCACCCGUCGUGCGUGGAGCUGGGUCCGGACACCAUCCGCAAGUGUCGCGAGUACUCGUGGCAGUGCGCCGAGUGUAAGACGUGCUGCGCGUGUUCGCGACCCGCCGACGACGACAAGAUGCUGUUCUGUGACCUGUGCGACCGCGGCUUCCACAUCUACUGUGUCGGCCUGCACACCGUGCCCAAUGGUCGCUGGCACUGCGUGGAGUGUUCGGUGUGUAAGUCGUGCGGGUCGCGGUCGGCGGGCGGGCCGGGCGGCGGGCCGGGCGACUGGCACCACCAGACAAGGCGCGGGCCCGGCGGACACAAGCUCUACUCACACUCACUGUGCACGCCCUGCGCCAGGGCGUAUCGCAUCGGUCGCUACUGCCCGCUCUGCGAUCGCUCCUUCAUCGGGCCAAAGGGGACAAUGCAGCUCGUCAUUUGUAAGCUCUGCGAUAGGCAACUGCAUCAAGAGUGCGUUAAGCAGACAACGUCUCGCCUCAAAGUAUUGGAUUACACGUGCGGUGAGUGUCGGCGGGGCGGCAUCACGUCGCGGGCGGCCGCUGUUCGUCUGGCGCCGCGCACUAUCGCCACGCUGUUCAUGGCGAAGCGUCGCUUCAACAAGUACGCACACCGACAGUACCUCGAGAGUCGAGCGCGGAACCCCCACCACAACCCCCACGACCCCCAGGACGACAACCCCGACGACCCCCUCGACGUGUCCGACCCACUUGUAUAGCUGUAAUAUAGUGUAUUGUAAUAUUAUCUCGCUUCGGUACUACGGUUGUAAGCGUAAAGCGUAAAUCUGAUUAAUAUUAACCGUUAGGCUACGCGCCGUCGUCUCUGGUAAGACGCCGGUAUAGUUAUAAUUCUUCGGCAGAUCGUUCGACGUAAUUGAGUGGUUACAUAGCUGUAGUGAGUUCGCUAACGUAUAAACUGUACAGUAAUUUAAUACUAACUUCACUAUAUGGGUAGCUGGGCAAUCAUACUAUUUUUAAUAUUAAUAUGUUUUUUAUAAAUUAGCGUUACAUAUGAAGUCUGCAUCCCCGUGUUAUUUAUGUUGAAGGAGUAUAGGGUACGCGAGAUCGAAUAAUGUGCUGUUUUUUGUUAUGAUGAUUGACUUAGAUCGACGCUGACAUUGUUUAAGUGUGGUUUAUAUAAAGGGAAGUGUCUUAAUUAGUAUGUUUUCUGUGCAAAUAAUUUCCUCGUAAAACUGAUAAAUAAACUGUAUAUUGUAAAAAUCUGCCUUUUAAUGUAUUUUUCAUGUAAUUUUUAUUAAGAGAAAAUGGUAUAUUGAUCGGCAACGUCAUUUAUAAAAUGAUCUAUUAAAUGAAGACAGUGCGCAUUUUCUUCGAUGUUAGGUUAAAUAUUUUUUUUAGAGUAUUGUUAAUUUCGCUUAAUAAGGUAUUUAUUUUAGUUAUACUUUUAUAUGGAUACAACUGUAUACAACAUAUACCCCAUUCGAUGCAUAUAUAUUUAUAUACAUGUAUAUUAUAUUCGGAAGAAACAAAACAUACAUUAUGGUGAAUAUUCAGUUGCGGGUGACUGUGGUGUCCGAAUGAAUUUACUUAUAAUAUAUAAAAAAAAACUCACGCGACUCAUCAGAUUCCCGAAACGGAGAGACGAUUAUUGAUAUAUUGUUGAACGUGUCUAUUGGAACUCUAUACAUGUUUAGUUUAAUUGAAUGAGUGAAAUUAUCAGCAGCUCCGAUACUGACAAUUUAUUUUACACGUUUAAGACGGAACGCUAGUUACUAACUGUACAUAAGGAUAGAGCUCGUGUUAAAUCGUUGUAUCUAAGACCGCUAUUAUGAUAAUGUAUCAUCCCUUACUACGUUAACUUACGAUUAUUAUCGAUACGUUUCCAACUAGCGUUCUUGCUUAAUUUCAAAGUACAAAAUAUAGGCUACCUUCUAAUUUAUUAACAAUUCGCCCUGGAAAUUUAAUAAGCCCAUUGAAUGAAGAUUAUCAAAUAUAUUAUAUAUAAGAAUUAUGGUAUGAUUAUUUUCAUUAUCAAGAAAUUAUUUAUAGUAAUCAUGGAAAUAGUAUUAGUGUAGACGAAUUAGGUGUUUAUUAAUUUCUCGGGCGACGCUCAAGAUAUAUCGAUCCUAUGAAACUAUGGUUUCAUAGCGUCCCUUAGACGGUACUGUGGUUGUAACCACUAUAUAUAAUUUACUAUAAUUAUUAAUUAGCGGUAUGGUUUUUAUUUUUCUGUUCUAUGUUUUUUUUUUUUAUAAUGUUCAUAGAAAUAUAUGCUAUAGUGUCGUAUCAUACAAUUAUUCGUUUAAUUAUAAGUAUCGAUUCUGUAACUUGUCAUUAAAUAUAGAGAUAUAUUAAAGAAAAAUAUAUGCUGUAUUAUGCACACUUAUGAACCCUUAAGAAAUAUGAAAUAAAAUAGUAACGGUUUGAUCGUUACGAUUGGACUGUCUCUUGAAUCUCUUAGAACUUCACGUUUGAUGUGUCAUCGAAACUGACCUUCACCUUAACUAUAAAAUAUCAGUAUCCUUAUCACAAGUUUGUAUCGUCGCACUUCAAACUCAGCGUUACCAGUUUUCUAGUCAUGAAUGUUCGCACACGAUAGUAUCGACGUGGUUUAUUGAAUCGAAAACUGCUAACUCCGUGUGUGUCGUUACAAUACAGACUUGUGAUAAGGUUUAUUGUAUACUAGCGUCCCAGCGAUAAUAGCGAUAUUAUUGCUUCUAAUUUGAUACAACACUAGGAGCUUUCACUAAAAGAUAAUUGGAAAGGUCACCAUACGCUGAAUUAUUAAAUAUAGUAUCAUUGCGAUUGUUUCAAAGAGUAUGCGUUCUCUCUACUUAUCAUUCUGCGCGCUAUUAUCAUUUGACCACUGUUGUGUGCAAUCGACCCUAUAUGUUGUGUAUUAUAUCUUAUACUAGGAUAUGAUCAGUGACUUCGACUAGUGCUGACUAAGUGUAAUGUAUCGAGUUUAGUUUGUAAUUAUGCUUUCUUUAUUAUUAAUCAUAAUUUACUUUGUGACGAUUUUUAUGAUAAAAUUAUGUCAUUUUGGAUAAUUUCAUCGAAUCAUGUAACAUUUUUUAAUGAUAUACAACAACUGGUUAAGGUGUGUCUACACACCAGAAAAUCGCAUUGCUUUAUCGACACAGGUGAAUAAGACUUACUUGUAAGAGAAAUAAUUAUAACUUUUAUGUCUACUUAAUGCAAGUGUAACGUUCUAGAAAUCUCGCACUGUUCGGUCAAUUUUGUAAAAAAAAAAUAAAGUAAAUUUAAUUUGA